AUGAUCAAAGUGUUUAUUGCCUUUUUUUUGCAGAAAAGUAUUCGGCAAAAAAUUGUUGAACAGUUCCCUUUAUUAGAAAAAUAUAUUGAAGACAUAUUACCUAAAAAGGAAAAUUUCAAGUUGGUGAAGUGCAAAGAUCAUAUUGAGUUAAUAGUUGAUUCCGAAGGGACUGUAAAUUUUAUUAAAACUCGAGAUACGGGCUAUAUUCCCGCACUGCGACUUCUUCACAAAUACCCUUUCAUUAUGCCUCAUCAGCAGGUUGACAAAGGUGCUAUAAAGUUUGUUCUGAACGGCUCACAAAUAAUGUGUCCUGGUCUAACAAGUCCUGGCGCAAAAAUGACAGAUAACGUGCCAAAAGAUACGCUGGUCGCAGUAAUGGCUGAAGGAAAAAAGCAUGCAUUAGGAAUAGGCAUUAUGAAAAUGUCAACUGAAGAAAUUCGUUCAGUGAAUAAGGGUGUUGGCAUUGAAAAUAUGCAUCAUUUGAACGAUGGCAUAUGGAAAGUAAAGACUAUAUCUUGA